AUGUUCCAUGUAGUCAGUCUGAACAGUCGCACCUUUCCUCCUCCUCCACCGCCUCCUCCAGCAGUGUGAUCGGCUCCCCUCCCUCCUCCUCCUCCUCCUCUCCCUCCACUCGGACCUGAACCGUCGCCACCAGAAGCCGGAGCGUCUCUCUCUCUCUCUCUCUCUCUCACACACAACCAAAGAAGAAAAAGACGAAGACUCUCCUCUGCUUCUGGAUCAGCGAUCUUCUUUAUACAUAGAGAGUGAGUGUGUGUGUGUGUGUGUGAGAGAGAGUCCGUGUGUGAGUCUCUCUCUCUCUCUCUCCCUCUCUCUCUCUCCCCGGCUCCACUCCUCCACCAGUCGGUCAGGUCGUCGCGUGGCUCCGGUGGAUAGGCUUGAGAAGUGCACGGUGUGAAGAGUGUUGGAAUGCGACAGGAUUAUCAUCUGACCUUAACCCAGAGGAGGCGAACCCAGAGCAGACCGUCAGAUCCCAGGUUUUCUGAUCCCCGCUGCACUACCAUGCCUGUGAGGCUACAAUGUCUACGCUGAAGCACGUUAUCCUGCAGGGCAAAGACGAGGACGUGGAGAAGACGCUGGACUGGAGUUACAUCAAUUGGGCCGAGAAUGAAGACGUGGGCCCAGGUGUCGCCAACGCACAGACUCAAACGGACUGUGGGCCCUUCGAGCACAAGGAGAGCCAGACCAGCAGCCCGGUCAUCAUGCACAUUGACCUCACACGGACACACUCCAGGCUCAGACAAUCAUCCCUGGUGGACACUGACAGUUUGGUGGUACCUUUGUUCCAGUUUGACCGGCAGGCCCCCGCACGCAUCUCCACCUCUCCCACUUUGAGGAGGAUGAGGAGCACCCGGCGUCCUCUGAUGGACUUUCGGGACCCUGUGAGGAUGGGGAGCACGGAGGAGGAGCCCCUCUCUGCCGGCACGCUAUCCAGAGCACACAGAGCCAAAUCUCCUCUAGCGGCAGGGACGCUCUCCGAUGGCGAGCUCUGUCGCGAUCACCAGCCCGUUUCAUCCUCAGGCCGACAGAGAACCAGAUCACAUAGAUCAAAGACGUUUGACAAUGGUAGCAGCUCCGCGAGACUGGAAUGUCACAGUGCUCUUCCUACUCUGGAGAAAGCCUUUGGAUUUCUAGAUGGGGAGGAACAGGAGAAGGACCACUGCUGUUCUCGGCUCCAGGAGAGGAGACGGAGUUCUGUGGUGGUCAGUUUGCCCGGAUUGGAUGUUUCCCCCGGAGAUCUCUUUGUGUCCAAUGGAGCAGCAGGAAUAUUAAGUGGUGUAAACUUCUCUGAUACAAAGAAGUCGAAGUGGCCGUUCUCGAGGCGCAGCACGACUAAAGGGAAGUCGCAGACAGGCACGGUGUCAGACAUAGAGAAUUAUCUCUCCACGGCACAGAUUCAAGACUGGAGAAACUCUGAGCCUCAGAAGUAUAAGGACUUCACUGUGGCAGAGUUCCUGCGGGACCAGUCUUCCCAGGUGAACACCACCUCGUGUCCUCAGGGCUCCAAGAGAGAAGAGGCCAUUUGGGAGCUCUUCACUAGUGAGUGUGUCUACUUCCUGGAUCAGCUCAUGGUGCUCAAAGAGGUGUUUUCGGCUACACUCACAAACCUGCAGAUGAGGAACUCCCUGACAGACGUCGACACCUGGGGACUGUUUGCAAACCUCAACGAGCUCUGCCUGGUGAGCUUCGGUUUCCUGACCAACCUCCUCCGCGUCAUAAAGGACACGUUGGCGAUUACCAAGGGUGGCGGGUCCACCCUGCUGGAGCUGCUGAGCAAGGCUUUCCAGGAGGGCAUAUGUCACAGUCUGCAGACGUACUGCCUGAACUACUCCACCGCUCUGCUUUAUCUGGACAGUCUGAAGCCUCGAGAGGACUUUGGGACCUACGUGAAGUGGUGUGAGAGGAACGAGCAGUGCCGGCGGCUGCAGCUGCGUGACCUGUUGGUGGCGCCACUGCAGAGGCUGACCCGAUACCCACUGCUGCUGCGGAACAUCGCGAAGAGGUGUGAGACGGAGGACGAGACCAGAGGCCUGCAGGCGAUAGCAGAGCAGGUGGACACGUCCAUAUGUGAUUUAGAGGGAAAGGUGAAAUGGCUGGAUAACUACCAGAAGGUGAAGCAGCUGCGGGACGCCCUGGUGUGGCUGCCCGUGUGGGAGAGAGACAAGCGCUCCUUCGUCCCUGAGAAUCUGAAACAUCUCCUGAAGACCGUCACGCUGGAGAAUCUCAUUUCUCACAGGAGUCUGCUGCAUGAAGGGAAAGUGCUGCUCACAGAGAACACAAAGCCGGUCGAUGUUUACGUGUUCCUGUUCGAUGAGUUCCUGCUCAUCACAAAGAUAAAGAGAAACAAGAAGAGGCUGAUGGGUCCGGACCAGAAUCCUCUGAGGCUGCCGCAGAACCUGGAGCUGGAUCAGCUGCUGAAGGAGGGAUGCACCUUCACCAUUCUGGACCAGCCCGUCUCACUGGACCGACUCCAGCUCAAGAACAUCGAUCAGCUAAAUGCAUCAACAUCGGGGCUGCCUCACUCCUUCAUCAUCAUGCACCAGAACCGCUACCAGCAGUGCAUCGGGGCCUUCAUCCUGCAGGCGGCGUCCGAAUCUGCCAAGAAAGUGUGGAUGUCAAAGAUAGAGGGCGCUGUGAUGGCGCUGCUGAAGCUGGACUCUCAGCAGCCGCGAAUGAAGAGCUCCUCCCUGUGGCUGGAGUCUUCUCAGAUCUGAGCCACUGUGCAGCAUCUCCACUGUCAACUGUGCACUUCACCGACCCCUGGACUCUUGUAAAUGACUGUAGUUGCACUAGGAUCCUUUUGUACUAAACCUACCGUUGGCCUUUAAAGGCGGCAGCUGCUGCAGUAGUGGACAAUAAAUACCUGAAGGUAUUGUUCUGCAGGGUGGUUCCUUUUGUUUAAGAACACGUCACUUCAUUUAGUUUUUUUUAAGCUUCUCAUCUGGUUUCGUCAUGGAGAGAUUCACAGGUUCGAUAAAUCAAUCUCACCUCAACGUCCAUCUUACUUCAUUAUACAUGUUUGUCACCAGCAGAACAGUUUGGUCAUUUUUCACAUUUUUCAAACCAGCAUGGACAAGAGGACCUUAAAAGUGGACAUAAGGUGACAGCGCCAUCUGCUGACCAAGAUCGUGUGAUGCGAGUGAAAGCUCCACAACAGCUACUAAAGGGACCUGGAGUUGAAAUCGUCCAAAAUCAAGAACUUAGAUCCUCAAUUUCAAUGUCUGUCUACAUUUAGUUUAGGUAUCGAUUGUUUGGGAAGUCUAGCAGGGAAGAGGAAUCAAGUUUUUUUCAUGAAACUUGGUUUAAGCUGAAGUUUUCAUUCUCAAUACUGGAUGCAUGAGUGAGACCAAGCUGAUUGAGAACUAAUAAAUUCAAAGCUGUCGACAAGGA